AUGUACUCGAUGUAUCGAUACGAUGCAUUUGUUUGUUCACAGCAACAACAACAACAGCAGCAGCAGCAACAGUUCAACAGUCAUUAUUAUCAACAGCAGCAACAGUUGGCGCCGCCGCCGUCAGUUGUGCUAAAUGCUUCCCACCAACAUUCACAUCAACAUCCACAUCCACAUCCUGUUGUGGCAGCAACAGCCGCAGCAGCAGCAGCAGCAACAACAACAACAGCUGUGGCAAUUGCGUCGAGCGGCGCAUCAACCAGUUUUGCAACAUUUAACGGAAACUCAAGUCUAAAUUCUAACCUUGCCAACGGAAGUAACCGCAACACACACAACAACCACAUUGCUGAUCUAGCUGUAACUGGAAAUGGUGGUAAUGGUGGUAGUAUUGGUAUUGGUGCUGUCUAUGGCAUGCAGAAGGCAACACCGCCAGCACCACCCAUUGGACUGCCACCACCCGCCAUCAAGAAGUCACAGUCCGCAUCGUUGCAUGCCUCGCGCGAAGAUGUCGCCUCGCUCGGUGGCACCUCAUCCCUCAACAGUCAAGUCUCUGGCCACAAUCAGUUUGGCAAUGCCAACAAUGCCAAUAACGGAAUUAAUGGCAUUUCGACCAAUGGACGAACUGUUGGACAUCCAAGCAGCAUCUUGAAGGGAAGCAAAGAGAACCUGCUGCAAAAUCCAUAUUAUAAUGGGGAAGGCGGAGGCAGCAGCAUGGGAAGCGAAUGCGGUGGUGCAGAUAUCAUUCAAACGAACCACGAAGAUCCCGGCGAUGGUUUGGGUCCUCUGCCUCCGAAGUGGGAAACCGCUUAUACGGAACGUGGCGAGUUGUACUUUAUUGAUCACAAUACGGGCACCUCACAUUGGCUGGAUCCACGUUUAUCCAAGUACCAGAAGAAAUCACUGGAGGAUUGCUGUGAGGAUGAGCUGCCUUAUGGUUGGGAAAAGAUUGAAGAUUCCAUGUAUGGCAUGUAUUUUAUCGAUCAUGUGAAUCGUCGCACUCAGUAUGAGAAUCCUGUGCUGGAGGCGAAGCGUCGAGCGGCAGAGCAGCGACAGCAGCAGCAGGAACAGUUGCAACUACAACAACAGCAACAACAACAGCAGCAGCUGCAGCAGCAACAACAACAACAGCAGCAGCAGCGUUCCAAGACGCCAACAGCUGCACUGGAAGCAGUUCAAAUGCAAACACCCUUGCCGGCGAUUGCCAAUCCCAUUGCAAACCUGCCCAACAAGCUGCCGUACAAGUUCACCCGCAAUCCGGCGGAAUUGCAGGGACAGCGCAUCAAUACGACGCUGCUGAAGUCGACGCGGGGUCUGGGCUUCACCAUCGUUGGCAGCGACGGCAGCAAUGGCAGCGACGUGGAGGAGUUUCUCCAGAUCAAAACGGUGGUGCCCAACGGACCGGCUUGGCUGGAUGGACAGUUGCAGACGGGAGAUGUGUUGGUUUAUGUGAACGAUACAUGUGUGCUGGGAUACACACACCAUGACAUGGUGAACAUCUUUCAGUCCAUAAUGGCCGGCGAGACGGCUGCACUGGAGGUGUGUCGUGGCUAUCCGUUGCCCUUCGACCCCAACGAUCCCAAUAACGAGGUGGUUACCACCAUGGCCGUAGACGGACUGCCCUGUGAGUCCGAGAAGCAGCGACGUCUGAAUGUUGACCUGAACAUGGAUGGCAACUACAAUUUCUUGGAUCUGUCGGGAGACGGUGUCAGCAAAGCAGCAGCAGCUGGAAGUGGAUUUAUUCUCAUGAAGAAACCAGAGCUCUACACGUUUUCCAUAAUGAAGGGCUCCAUGGGAUUUGGAUUCACCAUUGCCGACUCGGCUUGCGGCCAAAUUGUGAAGAAGAUCCUUGAUCGCAACUGCUGCACUCAGCUGCUCGAGGGGGAUGUGCUGCUCGAGAUCAAUGGGAUCAACGUGCGCAACAAGCCGCACUUUUAUGUGGUGGAACUGCUGAAGGAGUGCAGCCAAACCACGCCCACUACUCUUAAGAUUCAACGCACCCCGGCCGAGCAGACGACGCCCAGUCCGGGCAGUCAGCUGGGAUUGGGGAAUGUGGCCAAGCUGAGGAAGAACUUUGUGGGCGGCACUGGCGCUGGACUGUUCCGGAGUAAGACGCCUACUGCCGAUUUGUAUAGCACCCAGCCCAAAGAGGUGCUGCCCAUGCGUCCCAAGACGCCGCUGGUGGACACUCGACGUGCCCGCGUCCUCACGCCCAACAACGAGUUGCAGCAGGCGGAUGUGGAGACGGCGGCGGAGAGUAAAUCACUGCACCUGCAGGCCCAGGGCAAGUCAAACAACAGUCUGCAGGAGCUGGAUGACAUACCCUUCAUGGAUCCCUAUCCCAAGAUGGUCAGUCGGUUAAGUGAUCGACUCGCUGAGGCAACGCUGCAAGGUGGCGUCGACGUCGAGGUGGAUGUCGAUGGUGGUGGUGGUGGCAACUACAAUCCGAUCUAUGGCUUGCCGCCAAGCAUGCAGCCGCUUCCAUUGCCGCUGGCUCAUCACGAGUCCUGCUACUGCUACGACUGCCAGGCCCAGCGUUACCAACGUCCCCAGCAGUCAUCCCAGCUGGGCUACUACGUGCAGCAGCCAGUGGUCUCGACGGCCAGCGGUCAAUACUCCCCGUUGCAGGCGGCGCACAUUCAGAACGAGCGGAUGCAACGACGCGUCAAUGAACUGCUCAGCGACAGAAGACGCGUGGGAUUCGCCAAUCUGGAUCCGCCGCAACAGUUGCCGCAGCUGCAACUGCAGCACUCGCCCAGCUGGCGGAAUGGUGCCUUGUUGGAUGUCUCAGAGGAUGCGGAUCAGUGUGAACUGACCGAGGUGACGUUGGAGCGUCAGGCGAUGGGAUUUGGCUUUCGUAUUGUUGGCGGCACCGAGGAGGGAUCUCAGGUGACCGUUGGCCACAUUGUGCCCGGUGGUGCAGCAGAUAAUGAUCAUCGCAUUGCAACUGGCGACGAGAUCCUCAGCAUCGAUGGCAUCAAUGUGCUGAACUCCUCGCACCACAAAGUUGUCUCCCUGGUGGGUGAAUCUGCAGUGCGGGGUCAGGUCACAAUGAUACUGCGUCGUCGACGAGCUCCGCUGUUGCAGCAGGCGCCUCUGACGCAGCUCCGACGCUAUCCCUACGACGUGAUUGUGAGUCGGCAUGAGAACGAGGGAUUUGGCUUUGUCAUCAUCUCGUCGUCUAAUCAUUACUAUGGCUCCACAAUAGGCAAACUGAUACCUGGCAGUCCGGCUGAUCGCUGCGGCGAACUUAAAGUGGGGGAUCGGAUUAUUGCUGUCAAUCGGAUUGACAUUGCGGGCAUGUCGCAUGGGGAUGUCGUCAAUCUCAUCAAGGAGUCCGGCUUGCAUGUUCGCCUCACCAUCGGUUGUCCACUCAAAGAGGGCGGACCCAGUCCCGGCGGCAGCAGUGCGGGUCUCGGCUCCAACACUCCACUCCAGGCCUCUCCCAGUCUGCUCAAGGCACCGCUACAACAGCAACAGCAACAACAACAGCCGCAGCAGCUGGAGAUGCCGGGACUUGGACCAAUGCCUGGAAGCUACCUUGAGAGAGCGAGCACUAAUAUUGCGGCCACUCUUGCCCUGCAUCAGCAGCAGCCACAGUUAUGACUCUGAGAUCUACGCAUCCGGCUCUACAAGAGCUUUCUCUAGUUACGUUUAGCUUAAAUAUGCAUUUACCAAGUGCAGUGCCGUAGUCUUAGUUAGAACUGCUAAGUAACCCCAAAGACUGAAUUUAGUAAGCAAUAGCAAUUGCGAAUUUCCAAUUGCUUCAUGAAGUUUCACAACCUUUUUAAAAUACACAACAGUUUUUUUUCGAGACAGCUAUAAAUAAUCGAAAUCUUUCAGCUUAAUUAUCUAUAAAACAAAUGAAUCUGAUUGUAAAAUAUCCCUGUUUCUAAAUAUAUAAUAAGUUAGCAUUAUAUAUUUGUUUAUACAUUUAAGUUUUGUCUAUACAUUCAUACCAAUUAUAUAGUUUACAAAUGUACAAAUGUAAAGGACUUAAAUAUUUUGUAUCUAUGCCUUAAUAUGUUGUUCAAUAAAUGAUAUUACAACAAUUUUACAACCAUAAA